AAAAAUAUAGGCAGGAGCGUUGAGGCAGAGAUUCUUCAUUUUUUUAUUUGAUUUUAAACACAUACUUGCUACAGUACCAUGAUUUUCUACAUAAUUAAAACAAAGUAGUAAAACUUGUAUAAAAAUGAAUUCUCAAUUACGAAUCACGGAUCAUCUUUAGGGAUUGAUGUGCUCCGAGGUCAUUUUCCAGGGCUAUGUCCUAAACAGCAUUCUGUUCCCUAUGUAGUGUGCUCAAAUGGUAGCCGGAACACCCUUUAUAGUGCACUAUAAUGUCAGAUAGAGAGCGGUUUAGGAUGAUCCCGGAUGCUGAGCCCGGAUUGGUUCACAAACCGUCCUGAUCAGAGUGUGAGAGGCGCUGCACCGACCUGCAUCUCUACAUACUUACGUAGAACCGCAGUGUGUAGUACAGGAGAUCUCACAGAGAGAAAGAGAGAGACAUAGCACUGUUUCUCACGUUGGAGAAAUUCCUCACGUAAGACACCGACGACAAGUUUUUACUGUAACCUUUUUCUCGACAGUGUGUAUUGUUUGGUAAUAUGAAUAAUGGAGGGGUCCACAAGGAGGAUGCGAAAUCUAAAGCCAGCAAGGCCACUGCGCAGACUAAACUGUAAUCAAGUAGUCCAGACAAAUGUAGAAGCUGAGCCUGUGAAGAUGGGAACAGAAAACCCACUAAACCACAUAAUAAUAGAGAAUUGUAUUGAAGUUCUUAAGCUCUCAAGCCAAAGUCUAGCACCUGCCAAAUCAGAGAGAAUAUCAUACAGCAGGGACUUCUUGAUCAGCUUGGCAAAUUCACCAAUGGCAAAGAAAAGACCGGAUUAUCUACCAUCUCACCCAGUAGUUCUGGUCAAAGGGAGGGAACUAGACACGCACAAGUUGUUGGGGGAAGCUGAGCUGAAGGGGACCUACACUCAAAAUAAGGUGGCGUUUGUGUCCUGGUAGCCUGAAGAAUGAUUCCUGUCUGCUCGAGUUUCAACAGAUUGAACCAACUUUAACAUAAUAACUAAGAAGCAAUGAGAAUUUCGACUCUGAAAAGCUUUACAGGAUUGCAUGUCAUUUUGGAAAUAGGGCAAGUUCAGAACUUUGAAAGGAAUUUUUGUAACAUGGAGUUUACGUUUUGACCUUUGACCAUUUAAUUUGAGCAUUUAGACCAAAUCCAGCGGUUUCUAAUUUCAGUGUAAAGUGUGUGGACUUUAAUUCUUACUUACUAACAAACACUACAAUGACUUUGUGUGACACUUUAUUUGUUCUUUUUUUUUUUUUUUUUGAAGUGAGAUUCGAACAGAGUUUUAUAUUUAGUAACUAGCAUGGUGUUGUGCUGCACUUUGUCUCUGAGGAGACUGUACCCCUGGGGUCUACAUUGUACAAAGUUUACAUGAUUCCUUAUAAGACUAAACUUCCUGCACAUAUUUAUUUGCCAAAAUAGACAAUGAUGCUAAUAUGUCAGUGUGCCUAACUGUAAAUAAGGGGUUGGGGUGGGGGACAUGGUAGACCAUGGUAUUUUUCAGUUUUCCAAAGUCAAUGCACUCCUUUUACUGUUAGUGUGAAAGAUUUUUAAGAUUUCUACAUGUCGUGUUUUGUAAAUAUUUUUGUGUGUUUUGGUGAAACCAAGUUCACAACUGUGAAAAAACAAAUACAAGUCUAAUCCAAGAAA